UAUGCAAGAGUGGUGUACAAUUGAGUCUGACCCUGGAGUUUUCACUGAGCUCAUCAAUGCAAUUGGAGUUUAAGGAGUUCAAGUAGAAGAGAUCUAUGAUCUAAAUGAUGAAUAAUAGAUAGCAUAAAUGCAACCAAUUUAUGGAUUCAUAUUCUUAUUCAGAUGGACAAGUAAGGGUGAAAAAAGAGAAUGUCUUAAAAUUUAUGAUCAAGAUCUCUUCUUUGCAAAUUAAGUCAUUUAAAAUGCAUGUGCAACCCAAGCCAUCAUUUCUAUAUUACUUAAUUGCCCAUAAAUUGAAAUUGGAGAAGCACUUAAAAAUUAUAAAGUAAUACACAAUUUAAUCAUCCAGGAAUUUGUUAUUGCUUUAGAUCCUAAAGAAAGAGGCAAUUGUUUAGGAGCUGUAGAUGUCAUUAAGACUGCUCACAAUAGCUUUGCUAGACCUGAACCCUUCAUUUUCUCUAAUGAUAAGAAAAAAGCUAAAGUAAGUGUCCCACUUUUGAUUCUAGGAAGGUGAUGAUGUAUUUCACUUUGUCUCUUAUAUCCCUUUCAAAGGAAAAGUAUAUGAAUUAGAUGGUCUCCAAGAAGGACCCAUUUUGAUAGGUGAAUAUCAAGAUGAUUGGAUUGUCAGAGCAAAAGAAGCUAUCUUAAAUAGGAUUUAACAUUACUAAGAAAAAGAAACUGCCUUUACUUUAUUAGCUGUCAAUUAAUGUAGAAGAUUCAAAGUAUCAUCCAUAAAUAAUUUAGGCUAACAAAAUAAUUGAAUAAUCAUAAAAUGAAAUAUUCUUGAGUCUCAAAACUUUGGAAUUCAUAGGAGUAGAUUUAACAGAAGAAUAAAAAUAAUUAUUACUUCAAAUUUCAAAUUAAUAAGUAAAUUAUAUAAUACUAUUAUAAAUUUAAGAAUAUUGAAUAAGAAUUACUACAAGAAUCUUAAUAAGAAUUAUUGAAUAGAUUAACUCUUGCCAAAAAUAGAAUUUAAGAAGCAUAAAUUACUCUUAGCGAGGAAAAUGCAAAGUUUUAAAAAUAUAAAGUACUUCUUCCCAAGUUAUCACUCUUAGGAAGAAAAUUCCAGAAGGAAACACAACUAUAUUCCAUUCAUUUUAGAACUUUUUAAGAUGGCUCAACGAAAAGGUCAACUUGAAGGAUUAUUGGAGAAAGCAUAAUAAAAGUAAUAAUAAAAGUUAUAACAAUAAAUGAAAAAAUGAUA